UGCUGAUCAAUUUUACUUUGGGAUUCAGCCUCAGCUCAAGUUGCAGUCUCUCUCCCUCUCUAUAGCCGUGCUACAAAGGGGAGAAAAAGCUUGAAAGUCGAAGAAGGGAAAGAACUACCAAUUGGAGAGUUCAGCCUGGAAAAAGAGACUAAUAUAAAGACAGAACUUCUUUUUACUUGGUUUUGGAGGGGAGAGAACAAUGGAAUUUCUUCGACUGGCUUGUUUGAUUUGGGGAUUCACGGCACUCACAGAAGGUGUAAGGGGUCCACAACAGAUUUCGGAAAGAGUGAUCAACCGCCAGGCGGUGAAGUUAGGUCGGACAAUCAAGCUGCCAUGUCCUGUGGAAGGAGAUCCCCCACCACUGACUAUGUGGACAAAAGAUGGCCGCAUCAUUCGCAGUGGUUGGAUGCAGUUUCAAGUCCUCCAGCAAGGUCUGAAAAUCAAAGAGGUGGAAGCUGAAGAUGCUGGAACGUACAUCUGCAAGGUUACUCAUGGUUUUGGCAGCAUCGACCUCAACUACACACUUAUUGUGAUCAACUCAAGCACAGGAAAAGAUGGACAGAAGCUGACUCAAGGGUCAAAUGGGGAAUAUACAAAUGAAGAUCCAACAGGAAAACAAUGGGUUAGGCCCUGGUUUACGCAGCCCACCAAAAUGCGUCGCAGGGUGAUAGCCCGUCCUGUGGGCAGCUCAAUCCAACUGUGUGUGGCGAGCGGCUAUCCCCAGCCCAAUAUCACCUGGCUGAAGGACAACAGGGCUCUCAUGCCUCAGGACCUGGGAGACACCAAGAAAAAGAAGUGGACUUUAACCCUGAAAAGCCUAAGGUCGGGAGACAGUGGGAAGUACAUGUGCCAUAUCUAUAGCAGAGCAGGCGAGAUAAAUGCGACAUACAAGGUUGAAGUAAUCCAGACCAUGAGGUCCAAACCCUUCCUGACUGGAGCCCACCCCAUGAACACCACGGUCAAUUACGGAGGCACAACCUCCUUUCAAUGCAAGGUCCGCAGUGACGUCAAGCCUCUGAUUCAGUGGCUGAAGAGAGUGGAGUAUGGGAGCGAGAACAAGUACAACUCCACCAUUGAUGUUGGCGGGCAGAAGUUUGUCGUGUUACCAACUGGUGAGGUGUUGUCCCUGCCUAAUGGCUCUUUCUUAAGCAAACUGAUGAUCUCCAGAGCAAAGGAAGAAGUUGCUGGGAUGUACAUCUGCUUGAGUGCAAACACCAUGGGAUACAGCUUCAGGAGUGCCUUCCCUACUGUGCUGCGAGGGAUGGACGGUUCUGAAUCAUCCCUCUGGGUGCUCUGGUCUCCUCCCACAUUCCAAAGACAUACGGGUUAGGAAGUUGUGGCCAUGCUAUGUUGGCGCUGGAAGUGUGGCGACACUUGUGGGCUGCCCCCGGAACACACUGCGCAGAAGAUGUAUUUCACUGUGUGUUUCGAUGUACAUGUGACCAUUA